AUACACACGUGCUCCAAUAUUAUCGAGCAAUGCAUUCUGGGACAUCAAAAUGGAGUUCUUGCUCCGGGACUCGUCUGCUAUGUCCUGUGUUAUGUAGCCGUCCACUGUCGUUAACAGGCGAAGCAGCCACUUCAUUUCCACUCCAGCGACAAUCUCAAGCCGGGGUCCGUGUGAAGAGUUACAGCCAGUCCACCGGUAACGGGAGAGAUGUCCCCGGACAGUUUGUGUGCUAUCGCCUUCCUCACAGGACCUUGCUGAAAAUCCAGGGAGAAGAAACAAGCCCGUUUCUCCAGGGGAUUAUAACCAAUGACAUGGAGCAGCUGGACGAGCCAGGACACACAGCCAUGUACUCACACAUGUUAAAUGUACAAGGGAGGACACUGUAUGAUAUCAUGUUGUACAGUCUGAAAGAAGCCGAUGAAAGACCUGGUGUUUUCCUCGAGUUUGACUCCACGGUUAAGGACUCGAUCUUGAGACAUUUGAAGAUGUACAAGAUCCGCAGAAAGGUCAACAUAAACACCUGUCCGGAGCUCUCUGUAUGGGCAGUGCUGCCCAAGGAAAAGAACACAGGUCAAGAGGCCAGUAAACCAGAGCUCUCCUCCCCAGACAAAGCUCUGGUAUGGGAGACUGAUCCUCGAACUCAGGAAAUGGGCUGGAGAUUGGUGGUGAACAGUCAAGUUGACCCCGUGGAUAUCAUUGCAUCAUGCCAGACAGGUGACACACAAGAGUAUCACAGACAUCGCUAUGCAAUAGGACUUCCCGAGGGAGUGAAGGACCUUCCCCCCGGGGUGGCGCUACCACUAGAGUCAAAUCUUGUCUACAUGCAGGGGAUCAGCUUUAGCAAGGGCUGUUACAUUGGUCAGGAGCUCACAGCCAGGACUCAUCACACUGGGGUGGUUCGGAAACGCCUGAUGCCAGUACGCUUGUCAGCUCCAGUCCAAGACCUGGAGGAAGGAGCUGCGCUGCAAACUCAGUCAGGAAAGCCAGCUGGGAAGCACCGAGCAGGGGUUGGAGAGCUCGGUCUGAGCCUUAUCCGCAUGGCUCAUGCCAAAGAGGUGUUGGCGCUCAAAUCUUCUGACGACGCUGCAGUGACACUUGAGGCCUCUGUGCCAGACUGGUGGCCUAAAGACGUGUAAAUCAACUGAAGAGGAGGAUGUUUCAUAGUUCCCUCAAAUGUGACAUAUAUCACAUCUGACAGACUUACACAGAACCCCGAAGUACAGUAUGUUACACUGUCAUUGCUUUACAGCUGUGUGGCACUAAUCCAUAUUUGUGAGUAUUUUUGUUUGCAAUAAAGCCUACUUUUAGAGUGAUUGUUCCCAAAUUGUAAAGUAUUAUUUACCACAGAAUGAUUUUAUUUAACAGAUCUGUUCCAGCAUUAUACAACACGAUAUACCAACUGUGAUAUGGUGUUGGUUUGUUUUUGAAUAAAGAUGCAAAAUAGCAAAACAAAG